AUGCCAACUACAACAAAAUCAAAUGGUUCUGUUAUCUCACAUCGGUAUCCAGUAGUUCCAGAAAGAAACAAUACAGAAUGGCAAACAAUUGAAAUUCCAUUUGGAAAAUUCCCUCUAUUUAUUAAUGAUCAUUUAGCUCUUGGUAUGCAACAUUUUAGUGAAACAAAUCAGAUUUAUUCUGUAAGAUCGGCGAUAUCAAUACAUGGAAAAAAUAUUACGAAUACAACAACGAAAGUUUGUCCACAAGCUACGGCAGACUUCUACGGUGCUGCAUUCACGUAUACUCUUGUUGAAGAUCGUAAGAGAAUAUUUAAUUAA